GACAUCUUAGAGCGAUCAGACAAGGGAACUGGACAUCUUAGAGCGAUUAAACACGGGAACUGUAUAUCUUAGAGUGAUCAGACAAGGGAACUGGACAUCUUAGAGCGAUCAGACAAGGGAACUGGACAUCUUAGAGUGAUCAGACAAGAGAACUGUAUAUCUUAGAGUGAUCAGACAAGAGAACUGUAUAUCUUAGAGUGAUCAGACAAGGGAACUGUAUAUCUUAGAGUGAUCAGACAAGAGAACUGUAUAUCUUAGAGCGAUCAGACAAGGGAACUGUAUAUCUUAGAGCGAUCAGACAAGAGAACUGUACAUCUUAGAGUGAUCAGACAAGGGAACUGGACAUCUUAGAGUGAUCAGACAAGGGAACUGGACAUCUUAGAGUGAUCAGGCAAGGGAGCUGAAUAUCUUGGUUAGCAAUUACAUUCAGCCAGAUGCAGACUUCAUAUCAAAAGCAGAUAUUUCUUGCGUUGCUAUGGAUAUUGGUGGAUAUAGGAGGUAUGUUCUUAUAUUACACCGUAAAUGAUAAAUUCUAUUGCAUGUUGAAUUUGAUCCACAUCCGGUUAUUGACCAACACUAGAUAACAUAUCGGUUAAACAGGCGGUGCGGAAAUAUCUUGGCGUGAAUAAAAAUGUUUUUGUGAGAAAUCAAUUUGACAUAAAUUUAAACGUUUGGUGUCGUCGAUGAAGAGGACCCAUUGCCUUGUCUAAUUUGUACUGAUUCCAUGGAUACAAUUGUUCAUUAAUAUAUUGUUUAUAUGUUAACACGAUGUUAAUAAUAUCAAAACGGGUUUAAUAAACAAUAGUUAAGAUUUGUCUAAAUAGCCGGUAUUCACAAGUACCGCGAUAGGUACUUGUACAUCUUUCAAAUCACAAGGGUGUCUAACGAUUUUCAGCAAAGAGUAUAAAAAUAUUUGUGUUGUAAUACAUAAGUAAGUGGCGUUUCAGGGACGAAACAACAGGAUGACGAUAUGGUUUGGAGGUUUUUCCAAUCAGUGAAUUAUGUUGAUGUGGCAACCUAUACAGAUGCCUUAGCGAGAGAGGUGGACAACGUGAUGACAAAGUUGAGGUGUUCGUCACUUUGUGUUGAGUACGGAUGUGGAUGUGUAUCAUUUACCUUCGAUGAUGUUAGUGGAAUCUGUCACAUGUUCACUAAGGCUUUGGUUAGUGGAGGUGGGACAAGUGUCGGAGCCAACAAGGUCACAGAAUGUUCGGUGCCAGUGGUCUUUGCUAAUGCUACAUUGGUCAACUACACCGGAUGUAACGCAACAUACGAAUGUAACUUCGGCUACAACGCAACCGCAUCAGGCAUGCUCACGUGUCAAUCGAAUGAGACGUGGAUUCCAAGUGAAUUUGAGUGUGUUGAAAUCCCAUGUUCUGCGCCACCUACUCUUGCCAAAGGUAUUUCGGCCGUGACGUCACUACAGGUGGGUGCUGUCGCUGUUUAUACAUGUAUCCAAGGAUAUAUCAACAGAGGAGGCCAUACGAAUACCCUUAACUGUGUUGUCGGAGGGACCUGGGCUGGUCUCAUUGACAUGCUUUUUCAUAUUUCUUCCGCCGACGAGGUUUCAGACUUGUUUCUGGAAAACCGACCGGCGGAAUUCAACGAAACUUUACAUGAGAGUUCGGGUAUGGACGACGGUGUUUUUUCUCUGGAUUCUUCUUUGGUUUGUAAUCGGUCAUAUGACCGGUCAGCCGAACCGAGGCCUCCGAUUGGUCGAAAUUAA